UCCUCAACUUUUAGUUUCCUGAUCUCUGUUCUUUGUCAUAUUACUAUUUCUAGUUGGAGACACCUAACAUGGUUUACAAAAUAUUUUGAAGUUAGCUGGUUAAGACUUUGACUAUUUGAUAGCAAGGUCUAAGGAUCAAAUCCCAUCCUCACUACUUACCAUUUGCAAAAAAAAAAGAAAAAGAAAAAUGAGGUUCUAGUAUGGAUAAUUUUCAAAUGCAUGAAAUUCACUUUUAUAGGUCUAGAGUUGCAAUCAUCAGCUUAUUUCUCUAGUUAAGAGCUUUUUUUUAUCAUUUUUAAUCAUUUCUUCUCUAGAAAGUUUUUGUUUCCAUGAUCCUUGGUUUAUUUUGCUUCCCAAAUUGGACAAAUGAGUUUGAACGAGACCUUUACUUUGUUUGCCUUGUUAUUGCUACAUGUUUUGGUUAGUUAGUCCUAUUUCUAAUGUAACUCAGUGUAAGGGAAAUAUACUUUAUAAAUAAUUUAUUUUUCCAGCCAUUGACUCAAUAUUCUUGAAAUUUUCUUGCAAAAAAGUUCAGAUUUGAAGUACUUUUGUUGUCUGAUCCUCAAUUUGCUAUGGAUAACCGUCAAUCACCUCAGGCAAUUAACACUCUUGGAGGAACAUUAAAUUCCUAGAGCGCUUGAGGUAUAAAUUGUGGAAUUGCACUUAACUUGCAACUUUUUCCUCAUCAUGAGUGCUGAUCCCUGUGGAUUACAAUAGAUAUAUGUCUUCAGCCCUGCCAAGAUCUGUCAAGCCAUUUGAAGUCUAAUGGGUUCCAGAUUCCCAUCGCACCAGCUCAGCAAUGGCCUCUAUGUUUCAGGCCGACCUGAGCAACCCAAGGAGAAGCCUCCAGUGAUUUGCUCCACAGCCAUGCCAUAUACAGGUGGAGAUAUUAAAAAAUCUGGGGAACUAGGGAAGAUGUUUGAUCUUCAUGUGGAAAAAUCCAGAAAAUCUGGGCCUCUUAGUAAUACCCCUUCAAGAAAUCGAUCAUUUGGAGGUGCUGCUUCCCACUCAGGGCCUAUCAUGCCUAAUGGCCCUGGGCAGUCUUCUUAUGCAGCCCCAGGUUCUGGUUCUUCAUUUGUCACUGGUGGUUCUGGUAGGCAGAAAUCUAACUCUGGCCCGCUUAGACAUGGGGAUUCAGUUAAAAAGUCAUCUGGGCCUCAAUCUGGAGGUGUCACCCCAAUGGCUCGCCAAAACUCUGGCCCUCUUCCACCGGUACUGCCAACUACAGGUCUCAUCACUUCGGGGCCAAUAUCUUCUGGGCCACUUAAUUCAUCUGGAGCCCCUCGGAAAGUAUCAGGUUCUCUGGAUUCUACUAAGUCAAUGAAGCCACAUAGCACCUCCAUUGUUCAUAACCAAGCUGUCACUAAUCUCACUCAGGAGAAUGAUUAUUUGUUCAAGGGGAGCUUGCCUAAGCCUAUCCUUUGGUCUGUCAUUUUGUUGUUUGUGAUGGGGUUUAUUGCAGGUGGCUUCAUUCUUGGUGCUGUUCAAAAUGCCAUUCUUCUUAUUGUUGUCGUAACCAUAUUUGGAGUUGUCAUUGUGCUUUCCUUUUGGAAUACUUGUUUUGGACGAAGAGCAAUUGUAGGAUUCAUUGCCCAGUAUCCUGAUGCUGAUCUGCGAAAUGCAAAGGACGGGCAGUAUGUCAAGGUCUCCGGGGUUGUUACGUGUGGAAACUUUCCACUCGAGUCAUCAUAUCAUAAGGUCCCCAGAUGUGUGUACACAUCCACUGGUCUAUAUGAAUACAGGGGCUGGGACUCAAGGACUGCCAAUUCCCAGCGUCGAUGUUUUACCUGGGGAUUAAGAUCAAUGGAGAGGCAUGUGGUAGACUUUUACAUAUCUGAUUUUCAAUCGGGAUUGAGAGCUCUGGUCAAAGCUGGUUAUGGUUCUAAGGUGACCCCAUAUGUCGAUGAGUCUAUUGUUAUCGACGUCAACCCAAACAACAUGGACUUGUCUCCUGAAUUUCUCAGGUGGUUGCAAGAGAGGAACCUUUCCAGUGAUGACCGCAUGGUGAUGCGCCUGAAAGAAGGUUAUGUCAAAGAGGGCAGCACCGUGAGUGUAAUGGGGAUCGUCCAAAAGAAUGAGAAUGUUCUAAUGAUAGUUCCUCCUUCUGAGCCCUUCUCCACAGGAUGCCAGUGGGCGAAGUGCAUAGUUCCAUCAAGCCUCGACGGAAUAAUAUUGAGAUGUGAAGACACUUCAAAUGUUGAUGUCAUACCGGUAUAAUGGACAUAAUUGGUGUCAAAAUAUUAGAUAUUAUUUAUGCCAUCUCUGUUGUUAGCUUUGGCAGUAUAUGACAUUGUGAUCGAUCAUGGCCUAAUAUCUUGAGCUUGUAUAGCUUUGUCUUUACCCCCUUUUGUUUAAUUAAACCUAGAUAAAUUUUUAAGAUGGCUUAGUGGAUAAUUGUGUUGUUUGAAGGGAAAACUGAGCAACACCUACUGUAUCAUUCUGUUGUUAUUCAAGUAAAUUGGAUCAGUUCAUGUAUAA